CAGAACGAGCGAAAUCACAAUCACUCUAUGAUGCUCUCACUUGCACUCAGCUGCUUUGUCGUGUUGGUUUUGAGUGCAUGUAAUGACUUAUGAGUUGUGUCUGCUUAUCCCAACAAAGGCAACACUGUGUCGCUCAGGAAUGAAAGUCUGGUCUACAAUGGAGAGGAAUAUUUGAAUAUUGCUGUCGUUAACUCGUCUGAAUGACCUCUGUGCGCCAUGGCUUCUUUUUCGUUUGAUCAAACAUGCAUGGGCUCAGAGAUUGUAUUGUCUCGUCGUCGACGAACUGCGAAAAGACGACAUUCUCGCAGCGAGUUUUGCAAUGCGAUUGUUCUCAGCGCCGAGUCUCUUCUUGAUGGGGAGCUGUUCGAGGUGCGUUUGGAAGAGAUGUCUCCUGGCUGGGGCAGCUCUGUAGUCAUUGGAGUGACCGGCGUAGUCGAAGAGGAUGGUUUCAAUGGCGAACUGCCUCCAUCUGCCUGUGAAUUACGCAGGAAAACCGUGCUCGUUUCUGGUAGCAGUGUGCUGGUGGAUGGUGUGGUGGUCAAGGAGAACUUCUGCCCGAGCCUGGACAGCCUGGAGAUGGGUGCUCACGUUGGUGUAGCAGUGGUGGACGAGAACUUACACCUGUACAUCGAUGGAGAGGACCAGGGUGUAGCCUACAUGGACCUACUGGCCUGGAGACCUGUUCGUGGCGUUGUGGAUCUGCAUGGCUGCUGCGUACAGGCGUCUCUGUGUGAUACGCACGCAGCAAGUGUGCUGGCCUACAACUACCCACUGCGAUUGUGCCGCUAUCCGGGCACCGAUAUUCAGAUUGGUGCUGACCGGCGAUCGGCCUCGUUUGAGCCGGCGGAAGCAGUGGGCAGCUUUGCGUUCAGCUUUGCUAACCGAGCGCUGCGCGAGAAUGAGCUCUUCGAAGUGGAGGUGAACUUCCCGGUGCUCCGCGACAUAGGCAGUCAAGUAACGUUAGACAUUGUUAGUCAUUUGCCGUCCGAUUCGCAUCCUCUGCCGGCGGAGGAUGCCAUGCUGUUUGGUCCGUCGACGGAGAACCGAAUAUCUGACACGGAGGAACGCCUCGGCGUGAUCGUGAUGGACGGUGAGGUGUGCCUGCUGCGUAACGGUCUGGUGCGGCGCUGGGAAGCCAGCCGGGCAUUCACGCGCUAUUUUCCUGUGGUGCUGAUUCACAACGGCGCAGCCCGCGUCACCUUGACGGCGCGUGCCGGGGAGCCAUUGCCGACGAGCAUGCGUGCAACGCGCGGAUUUCAACCCGUGCAGGCUCGCUCCGGAGCAGCGGCGGCUGCAGUAGCUGUACCAGUGUAUCCCGCCGUCCCCGUGCCAACACCGUUUCGCCCCUCAGCUGGUAGCGUACCUCCGAUACGUUUUCAUGCUCGCACCGGUCGCUAUGCGUAUCUGUCCCCCGACAGGUGCAGUGCUCACCGUAUAUCGUAAGUUUGUAGCCGUGUGC